CGGGAUUGCCAUUGGAAUGGAGACAAUCGCAAUCAGAAAAGCUGAGACAAGAGGCAAUUCUCGCAGCAAUGCCUUCCUUGAACCUUGCUUCCAUCCAGGCUUUGUUGAUCCUAGCCAUUCUAUACUGGGGCGAAGGCUCGUGGACCAUGUACAGCAACGUCAUUGCCAUGUGUAAAAGGCUCGGGAAAACUGACCGUGACUUCCACAUCAAAUAUCUCCAGGAUCCACCGCGACGAGCAUCUCCGCACAUACUGGAUGGUAGAAAUGCUCGAUAGCACCUUUGCACUCGGAACUGCCAACAAUCCAUUCACCGUCUGCACUCCAUUCGCUGCCAACCUCCCAUGCAGCGAUACAGCUUGGGCUCUACAAGACCCAUUCCGAGAAGACGUCCCCUUCCACAAUGCGAACCACUCAUCCGGCUUCUCGCUGUGUAUCAGCCUAUGCACGGUGGAAUUAGAACCCGUCCAUCGAUUCCUGCAGACCCCGCGGAAGAGUGGCGUAACCGGCGACCUGGAAUGGCAGAGUGCUGCCCAACGUCUGGAUGAGAAGCUCACCAUAUGGCGUGAGGAGUUUGUGGCGGCUGUAUUCCGGCUUAUCAAUGCCGAAUAUCCACAGAGUGCACGCGCAGAGAUGGAGCCGUCUAUUGUGUUGGCCAAUUGUGUUCUCAAUAUGGCUGUUAUCACACUCCUACAAUCGCAGACCUCGCUACCACCAGGCGUUGAAGCUGACCUUGAACCAUGGCCAUACGCCAACCACCGCUGCAUCUACGCGUGCGAAAACAUGGCCGCCAAAAUCCGGCGAAUGGAAGAAGGCGACCUCCUCACCUGCAGCCCCUGCUUAAUCUUGCCUAUCUUCGUAGCUGCUCGUUUUUGCAUCGUCCAUACAAAAUGCCUCAAAGCAGACGUCUCGGUCAAUCUGCAUUCCCUGGCGUAUAGUCUACACAUCUGCAGCCACCGGUGGCCACUAGCCAAGAUGUGUGAAUCGGUCAUCCGGACGGCUGUUGCAGAGCAUCGGACACCGGUCUCGCAGUCGGCUUUGCCGCUGGAGUUUUAUGAUCUUCGAUGUCCGGUCGUUGAUAUUUGUGCUUCGCUGCAGGUGUGGGCGGAUGGUGUGGGAGGUUAGGCUGUUCUAGCGGAGUAUAAUUGUUCAUUGAUGGCAUUACAAGCUUUUAAUUGAUUCCAUAGUCAGUAUAUCUGUCCUUCUGUAGGUGGAGUGUUGGCCAAGAUGUGGAAGAAGGCGAUGAUGUGAAGAAUGGGAGUUCGGGCAUGUGGAGGGGGUUUGAUAUUGUGGGAUCUGAGGAUGAUAUGUAUGGUUCAAUGAAUUGUUCAUAGUAUUACAUUGUGUCUUGGUUAUUUGGACUUGUGGACGACGUUGGGUGACGGAUUGACUUACUGUACAGCUCUGUCGGCACCCUGGUUGCGUCAAUUGGGGUGUAUGUAUAUUCUUAAGAGGAGUAACCCUUAUUUAAGAUGUAUCCACUCAUUCUCACCACCAGCACCAUACUGCCUAUAUUGUUAGUUGAAUCACCUCCUUAGCUAUUAC